GUACGUAGUUCGGUUACCCGGACACCCUCUUGAGCCUUCACUCUGAUGCUCAUACCAAUCAAGAACUCACCCCGCGCUUCCUCGUUAGAACUUGGUCAUCCCUCCCCUCCCCUUUUUUUUUCCCUGCCCUCCUGCUUAACCUCUCUCCCCUCAAUUUUGCUCCUCCUUCCUCCAAUUACCUCAAUCCCUGCUAUAUCAUGGCUGCUGCUAUUAAGAACCUUGUGGACAAGUUUCAGGGCCACUCCGAGCCCGCUCUCCGCGAACCUUCCGCUGAAGAGGUCCAAGAGCUAAAGCAGAAGUACGAGCAGAAGGGACAGUCACAAGUAUUUGCAUUCUACGAUCAACUGAGCCAGACGGAGCAAACUCAGCUUUUCCACCAAGCGUCCAACUUUGACCCGACCCGCAUCAAUGAGCUCGCCGACAAGGCUCUCAACCCUCCUAAGACCGAGGCCACUGGCCCCGCCUCUCUCGAACCCCUCCCCGAAAUCGCUACUGCCUCGAUCCUAGAUUCUGACCCGAAAGAUAUCCAGGGUUACUAUGAUGACGGACUCAAGCUUGUCGCAGAGAACCAAGUUGCCGUUGUUUUGCUCGCAGGUGGGCAGGGAACUCGGUUAGGAAGCUCACAGCCAAAGGGCUGCUUCGACAUCGGGCUCCCUAGUCAUAAAUCUCUUUUCCAGAUCCAAGCGGAGCGUAUCAGUAAACUACAACUUCUCGCAAAGAAGUCUUCAGGCAAGGAUGCCGUAAUCCCUUGGUACGUGAUGACGAGUGGGCCGACACGCAAGCCCACUGAGGACUUCUUCGGAGAGCACAACUACUUUGGCUUGGACAAGAGCAACGUCUUUAUCUUUGAACAAGGUGUCUUGCCAUGCAUUUCGAAUGAGGGUAAGAUUAUGCUAGAGAGCAAGUCCAAGAUGGCCGUUGCUCCCGAUGGCAAUGGAGGAAUCUACCAGGCUCUACUCACUGCUGGUGUGAGGGAAGAUAUGCGCAAGCGUGGAAUCAAGCACAUUCACGCCUACUGUGUCGACAACUGUCUAGUUAAGGUUGCUGACCCUGUUUUCAUUGGGUUUGCUGCCUCCAAGAAGGUCGACAUUGCCACAAAGGUGGUACGAAAGCGCAACGCUACCGAGUCGGUGGGCCUGAUUCUUCAGAAGAAUGGCAAGCCAGACGUGGUUGAAUACUCCGAGAUUGACAAAGAAACAGCAGAGGCCAAGGACCCCAAGAAUCCCAGCCUGCUGAAAUUCCGUGCUGCCAACAUCGUUAACCACUACUAUUCCUUUGAGUUCUUCGACUCCAUCGAGAAUUGGGUCCACAAGAUGCCUCACCACAUCGCCCGAAAGAAAAUUCCUAGUGUUGACAUUGAGAGUGGCGAGAUCGUUAAGCCUGAGAAGCCGAACGGUAUCAAGCUGGAGCAGUUCAUCUUCGACAUUUUCCCCAUGAUUGCGCUUGAGAAAUUCGCCAGCAUUGAAGUGCGCCGUGAGGAUGAAUUCUCGCCUCUCAAGAACGCACGAGGCACCGGAGAGGACGACGCAGACACUAGCAAGCGUGAUAUCAUGAACCAAGGCCAGAAAUGGAUUGAUAGUGCUGGUGGGGUUGUUGUCACUGAGGGUGAUGCUGUUGGAGUUGAAGUGUCUCCUUUGAUCAGCUACGGUGGUGAAGGACUUGAGUUCCUCAAGGGCCGCGAAAUCAAAGCGCCUGCUGUUAUCGAGAAGGAGGAGUAAAUAAUAUACCUAAAAUAUGUUCCUUUUCUCUUCUAUAUUUUCGGCCGCCUCGGGACUUCGUUUGAACACAAUUUGUAUGGAAUAUCCCUAGAGUAGUCAUAUCCGGAUGCAUUAUGAAUUGAUUCCAUUCUUCAAUGUCAUAAAACGUUGUCCCUCCCUCUUCUGCGUCAUACAUUAUUGAAAGUACUGUAUACCCCAGUAGAUUUAUGCCUAAGGCAGGCACAUGCCAGAAUCUGGGGAGAGCACCGAGCACCUUACGCAAUGCGGGAAAGCCCGGGAGCUAAAGUUUUCCCUCAGUCCGUUUUUCUUUUACCUGCCUCUUGGCUGUUGGUCACUUCUAACAAUUUAAGAAUUCCAGAAUACCAUCUACCGCCUUCGUGGGUUACAGGAAUUCUUUUGGGUCCGCUUCUCUGUCUUGGAGGGCUUGGUGUGUGGUGGCUUUUUGCUGAAUAUAA